AUGCUCCGAAGUACAACCUUCCGCGCCCUGCAGCCGCUGCGGCUCGAGCCGAGGGCCGCCUCGGGCGGGCAGGGGCGCGGGCGCGCGGGCGAGCCCGGCGCCCCGCCGGGCGCGGUGGGCGCUGGCGGCCGCGGCGGCAGGGCCGCGCGCGUCGGCGAGGGCGGCGGGUGGGGCGCAGACGCGGCCGGCGGAGGCGCCGGGCCGCAGCCGGCGGGGGCCAACGGCCACGCGCGCGGCGCGGGCGAGGGGGCCGCUGACGCACCUGCUGCCCCCGAGGGCGUGUUCGGCCGCUACCGCGGGCGGGGCGGGGGCGCCCGAGCGGGCAAGGCGGCGGGUCCGCCGCAGGCGGAGGCGGUGCCAGAGGGCCAGAGCCACGGCAGGAGCGCAGGCGCGCUGCAGCUGGCCGCCCCGCAGAGCGCGGCCAGCCCCCCCAGGAGGUUUGGGCCCGGCGCCGGCCAGGCCCGGCACGGCGCGCCGCCCCCGAGCGGCGGGCAGCAGGGGGCGCCGGGCGCACCCAGCCGGCCGCCCGGCCAAAACGGCGCGGAGGGCUUCGGCGCCAGCGGGGGGCCACCCAGCAGGGUCGCGGCCGCCGGCGGCUACCCAGGCUCUGGCAGGGGCCAUGGGGGCGGCGCGUCCGGCAGCUAUUGCGAGGAGAUCGAGAAGGAACUCAAGUCCAGGGCGCAGUGGACGGGCACGGGAAGCGUCACAUUCGAGGAGCUCAUGGAGGCGGGCAAGGUCCUCGCCAGCAACGGCGCGCAGCCCCCGCCGCUCUCGCUCGCCGCCGUGCCCGGGCGGCCAGGGCCCAAGGCGCCGCCGGAGCGGCCCGCCCAGGCGCAGUGGCCCGCCGCCCGGCCGCCGCACCACGCCGCCGCGGCGCAGUGGCCGCCCGGCGGCCCCGCCGGGCUGUGGGCGCCCCCGGCCGGGGGGCCCGGCGGCCCCGGCGGGCUGUGGGCGCCCCCGGCCGCGCUGCCGGACGUGUCGCUGAAGGAGGCCCGGAGGGCGCUCGGCCUGCCGCCGGCGGCGGAGCCCGCCGAGCCGCCGAAGAGCGGCGCCAACAAGAUGCCGGCGAGGUCCCGGCCAGCCACCGACGCGGCGCCCGCUCCUCCCCGCGGGCUGGAGCAGCUGUCCGCGGGGGGCCUGGCGGAGGGCCCCCGCUUGCACGCGUUGAAGGACGCCGCCGCGGGGGCGUGCGCGGGCGCGUGGGGCUCCGUCGCCGCGACGGCCGCGGCGCCUGCGGGCUCGCCGGGGCCCACCUGGGCUCGCUUCGAGCCAGAGGACUUCACCGGAGUCUGGGUCGACAUCAAGGGUAAUCCGGUCAACGUGGUCAAUGGGGCACAAGAGGGACGGCAUGCCAAGCUUACAGCCAACGUCUCGCGCCCACCGCGAAAAGACGUCGUGUUGAAGAUCGAGUUGAUCAAAGGCGUUGGAUGGCACUGUGGGAACGCCGAGCUCGACAGUACGUGGAGCACCACAGAGGAGUUGCACUGGGUAAGAGAGGACGGCUUCCGAUCUGUGUGGACGCGCGCCCGGCAUUGACUGAGCCACGUCGCCAUGUAGUAUGUUGAUCCAGUGGCUGGGAUCGUUUUAGCAGGUCGGAGUGUCCCGGCUUUUCGCUUGUCCCAAGUGUUCGCCUCCCUCAGAAGGCACCCGCUGAAGAGCCCAGCCGCGCCGCGAGCUGCGCGCACUUUUCGGUUUGCCGGCUUCUGACCCGCCUCGCUGCUCGUCGCAGGCCUCUCCUCUCCCCCUGUCCCCGAGCUCCCCUUCCUACCACGACCUAGGUGCUUCGAUGAUGUGGAGCACGUGGUUCCCGCUGCUGGCGCGUUCUAUCAGACCGGAUUUGCGAUGGCCUUCCACCAGAA